UAUAACUGCACCUUGACUGAAGUAUUGAAAAUAUCUUCAUUUCUAUAAUUGUCUAGUCUUUUUCUUUCUCUCCUAAAAUCUAGGUUUUGUUCAUUUAUCAAUGGCGUCCGCAGAUGUUGAGUACCGUUGCUUCGUUGGUGGACUUGCAUGGGCCACCGAUAGCGAUGCCCUUGAGAAAGCCUUCUCUCAAUACGGAGAGAUCGUCGAUUCGAAGAUUAUUAACGAUCGUGAGACUGGAAGGUCAAGAGGGUUUGGAUUCGUGACAUUUGCUAAUGAGAAGUCAAUGAGGGAUGCUAUUGAAGGAAUGAACGGACAGGACAUGGACGGACGUAACAUUACUGUUAACGAAGCUCAAAACCGUUCAAGUGGCGGUGGAGGAGGUGGUUACGGUGGAGGUCGUCGUGAAGGUGGAUACAACCGAAGCAGUGGUGGUGGUGGAGGCUAUGGUGGUGGAGGUGGUUAUGGUGGUGGUAGGGACCGUGGAUACGGUGGCGGAGGUGGUGAUGGUGGUUCCCGUUACUCACGUGGCAGCGGCGGUGGCGGUGGUGGUGGAAACUGGAGAGAGUAGUUUUGUAAGCUAAGUCUCGUGAUGAAGUUUUUAUGGUUAAUUAUGUUUAGUUGAGAUUUUAGAUGGUGGGAUCUAGUAGUCUCUGUUAUGGUAUCUGUUUUGUUAUGGCUUUCUGGUUCUUGUUCGUGUACCUCUCUGAAUCUGGUUGUUGUGUAUAAACGAUCGAUUGAAAGGAUAGUGAGAUUUUAGUUGACGACUAAUUUCUUCCGAA